GCUCUUCCCUACCUUUUAGGAGGACCAAGCUCAAGCUGUUUGCUACCAAACACCUUUUUUCUAUUAACUAAGAACCCAGCCCAUCUGGGCAGCAACAGCCUCCUGCCAACAAGGAUUUCACAUUUCUACGGAUGGAAAGAUCCCUGGGAUGCCAGAGCCAGCUCCUCCCUGUUUUGCUUUGAACUGACACGCAAAGCAGGGAACACUUGAGCAGCCUGCAGUGGAAAGCUGGAGCCAUGGUGUGUGGCAGGCGGAUGCAGGAGCAGAGAGCACCCAGGGAGAGCAGAACUCGGAGGACGCGGUGGGGCAUGGCGGGGAAAAUUAAGCUCCUGGCUUGGCUAAUAGCCAUUUGCCUCCUCCCUGGGUUGACUACAACCCAGCACCAUGAAGGGCAGCGCAUGGACAACACCAGUGUGGCAGGCGACCUGCAGGAGCCAGAGGCCCCGGAAGUGAUGUUUGAGCUGCUCUGGGCCAGGCUGGAGCUGGAUGUCAUGGGGCAGCUGCACAUCCAGGAUGAGGAGCUGGCGUCCACCCGUCCAGGCCACCGACUCGGGCUCCUCCUGCAGCACCACGUGCCCAGUGACCUGGAGGGCGCUGAGCAGCGGCUGCAGCAGUUCCAGGACCGGCGGAAGGGGCCUCCUCUUAGCCCUUGGGAUUUUCAACAUCUGCUCCUCACCGGCCUGUCCUGUGUCUACCGGCUCCACAAGGCUCUGGAGGAUGAGGAGAGGGGUCGCUGGGCCCAGGUCUUUGCCCUCCUGGCACAGGAAACACUCUGGGACCUGUGCAAAGGCUUCUGCCCCGAGGGCAAGCCUCCUUCCUUGGAGCCCUGGUCCUCAAUCCUGGACCCUUUCCCCUGA